AUGCACUGACUUGACGGCAUAUUGAGUUACUCGCGCUCGUAAUCACCAGUUUCUCGUUUCAUUGAGAGGAGAAAAAGGCUGAGUUUCUAAGCUUUUGCGUCAACUGAUGCCUUGGUGUGUGAAAAGAGAUGCUUCCAAGUUUGGAAAGGGCGUUUUGUAUAACUGGGAGCUUAUCGAGCAAAUAUAAUCAUUACUUGGCCGAGUUCAUACAGUUUGUGUCUAAGCCUUUCCAAAGUAUCUCUCAGAUAUUCCCAACAUCAUGGCUUUUCUUGAGGUGAAGAUUCUUUUGUCUUGUGUUAUUCUGAUAUACACCAACGUGGAAGCGGGUCGAUUGCGAAAGGACUAUUAUCAGCCUCUGGCUCACAUCGAAGCCACCGAGAGAAGAGUAACUCACUACGGCGUUGGGCAAGCGAUUACAGACUGGGAUGCGGGAAAUGUGCACAGCCAUCUCGAGGACGGCAUGACGUACAGUCAUGGACGUCUGAUUGUGCCUCGAGAUGGAGAAUAUUAUGUCUACGCACAACUGUACUUUCGCAGCAGCGGGAGAGUGCUGAUUCUCAAGAAUCACCACGAAGUUAUCACCAUGCUUCAACAUUCCCACAACGUACCAGAAGGACCCCACUAUGCAGGGGGAGCGUUUUAUCUAGAGGCUGGUGACACCAUAGAGUUACAAACCGCGACACCUGUCACACUUUACAUGGCGACUGCUCACUCUUACUUUGGAGCGUUUCUGCUUAAGUGAGCUUCACCGCAAAAGCGCGUAAAAGCCUUGAAGGAAAUUGUACCACGAUAAUAAUAGAAUGAUAUCAAAAAGGUUAUGUUGUAUUGUAAUCUUUAACAAAGCAACAAAUCCCCAAAGAAACAGCGGUCACAAUAUAAACAGGAACCACUGAAUUUCCGACUGAAGCCCUGAUACAUCAACAACAUCCAGCGGUACUGCUACUGCUUAUCGCCCAUGUGAAAAAGCACGAGUUCCUUGCAUGAUACAACACAGCUUUUUGAUCGCGUAACCUAUUCAAAUUUUUCCUUCAAAAAAGUGCCAUUGUUUCGUGGUAGAAUCCUAGUCACCGGUAAACAGUCUCUCUUUGAAGAAAAUCUCUUGUCUUCCUGUUUGUUUUUUUCUUGAAUCAUUUUGUCUAUUAAUUCUGUUGGAACAAAAACAUCGCAUAAGAGAAAGAGAAAAAGCCUAAUUUAUCUUAACUCACACAGGUAUUUGGUGGUCUAUUGUCUCUGUUGUCUAAGCAAAAACCGUAUUACUUCUGAGCAAAAAUAAAAUGCAUCGUUACCACGUUUACUGUAGUCUCCUUUGCAGCCGUUGUUUGGUCUCGUCACACAACGCCCUCUAUUUCCUGUUGGAGAGAGAGCCAUUGCGUGACGGGACCAGAUAACUGUUGCGAAAGAGUCAAGUAAAGUGACUGCGUUUACAACAAUUUUGAUUUCCUCUGACAUUGAGAAAAUCAGAAUUAUUCGUCUAUAGUUAGACGCCUCAAAAAUACAAUUCCAUGUAAUUUCACUACGAAAAGCAAAAUGAAACUGUUGUAUCUCCAAUAGAUUCUACCCAAAGAUAUAUUGCGAUCUCGAAUAAGUAAAGAUACGUUGAACAAGAGAAAGGAU